AUGCAGCUCCAACUUUUCCUCUCCGCUUUUGCUUUCAUCGGCACCAUCGUCAGCGCCGUCGCUGUCCCACCCCACAGGGGUGAAGACGGUGCCCCGCUCGUCGUCCGCGCGGAUGGCAGCGGCAACUGUAACUCCGUCCCUCAGUGUUGCCAGAACACCCACUCCAGCCAAGACAAGUCCGUCAUCCAAGGACUGAAGAUCUUUGGUCUGGAUAAGGAAGCGCAGAAGUCGAAGGGCAGCGUUGGGACUAAGUGCGAGCCGAUGGAGGGCGUCUUGAACCUCGGACUGCUUAACGGUUGCAAGGGUACUGCCAACGGCCUUGUCUCCCUUGGAUGCAUCCCCAUCACGCUCAGUCUCUAG